GCAGGUACAAGGAGAACCAGCGUCAUAGAGUGCUUUGAACUAGAUGCAUCACUCUGAUACGUGGGCCACACGAAGAUUCUUUCCAUACUUUUGUGUUUCUGAUUCUGCCUUCAUAUUCACCUUCCCUGAUCCCAAUCCUGUCAAAGGGACAGUGCUUAGCAAACAUGGCGAUCUCAGAACUGACGAAUGAUUCAAAACCCGUGGGCUCCUAUCCACCAACAGGGAUCGAUGUGCUCGUCGUUGGUACCGGCCUCGCAGGUCUCACAGCCGCAAUUGAGUGUACGAGGAAAGGCCACAAUGUCCGCGUGUUGGAGCGCAACGAUACCAUCAACACAGCCGGCGACAUGUACUUCAUGGGUCUCAGUGCCACAAAGUUUUUCAAACACUGGCCCGAAAUGAAGGCGGAGUAUGAUUCCAUCGGGUUGCAUAAUGCGUGGAUCGAGACUUUCAAGCAUAGCGGUGAGCAGAUGGUCGAGCCGCUCUCGGUUGCUGAGCGGCUUCGUGACUCCGGUCUUGAUCCCAAGACGCCGCCCGGAACUUUUCAAAUGAGGCCAUUGAUUUACAAGAUGUUUGUCUCGCAGGUGGAGCGCCUCGGGAUUCAAGUCCAGUUCGGUCGGCGUGUUGUCGACUACUUUGAGAAUGAUGACAAGACGAAAGGAGGCUGCAUCACAGCAGAUGGCGAGCGCUUCGAGGCCGACAUUGUGAUUGCGGCAGAUGGUGUCGGAUCAAAAUCACAAAGGCUUGUUGGAGGUCAAGUUCGAGCUAGAUCAUCAGGUCGGGCGAUGUGGCGAGCUGCGUUUCCUAUCGAGGCAAGUCUUGAGCAGAAUCAAGAGGUGAAGAAGUUCUUCAGCAUGGUAGGCCCCAAUGCAUCGGAACCGAUCGUCAGGACAUUUUUGGGUCCUGGAACUUACGCAUUGACCCUCACACGGCCGGACACAAUGAUCUGGAUCAUCAAUCACAACGCCACUGGAAGCUCAGCCGAGAACUGGAACAACACGAUCGAUGCAGAAGAAGUGCUUGCUGAGAUGGACAAAGGCGUUGGACCCAAGCCAUGGGCACCGGUCUUCAAAGAUCUUGUCAAGUGCACGCCGAAUAACACCAUUGUGAAUUUCGAGCUCCUUUGGAGGGAUCCACAGCCCACGUACAGUUCACCUGGGGGCCGCGUACUUCAAAUUGGGGACAGCGCUCACUCGUACUUGCCAGCGUCUAGCAACGGAGCCACUCAGGCGAUUGAAGAUGCAAUCUCCAUUGCUACAUGCUUGCAGAUCUCGGAGAAGGACAACAUUCCUGAAGCGGUGAAGGCGCACGUACGGUUUCGGUUCAUCCGCAAUGCAUGCGCUCAGAAACUUGGUUUCUCGAACGCCGAGCUGCUUCAGGAAACUCAGUGGGAUAAGGUGAAACUUGACCCGCGCCGUGCACAGCCCAAACUACCAAAGUGGGUGUGGAGCCACAACCCAGAGACUUACGUGUAUGAGAACUACGAGAAGAAUGUUGAAACGAUGAGGAAGGGCAUACCCUUUGAUGAGUCCGGAAUACCGCCGAAUUAUCCUCCAGGGUACAAGUACGAACCUUGGACGAUAGACUACAUCAUGGAUUGCAUGGAAAAGGGAGUGCCGGUGGAUCUUGGCCCUGGGGAUUGGGCGUAGAUGCUGAGGUCCGAUCGUUCUCUCUGUCCGGCGCGUUGAUGUGCACGAGGAUGCAUUUAUCUCUCAAGAGAAUGUCUAGGCAUCGGAGUGUAUUGUAGCCACGCAAGUUGUCUGUCAGACAUCGUCGUUCUUGACAGAAAUUGAACCGGGAUGGGUCGCCCCGUUAGAGUAGCCGCUUUGCUCGUACAUUGAUAUCGUCUUGCUGAUUCAACUCAGCAGCAUCAAGUAGAGAUGAUCUUGUCUUCGCACGCCGGUUGCUUUCGCAGAAGCGACAUGCCCGUAGGUCCAUUUGGUCGUUCUACUCGUCGCGACGGAUGAACAUGAUCAGACCGGUCAAAAGCAUCGAACUGGUCUUUGGGCAUCGAAAUCCGUGUCGCUUUCAUGCACACAUGUCCAGG